CAUAACACCAUGGAAAACUUAUCGUAUUUCAUAUAAUAACACUCAUUGUUCCGCAUAAUCCACACACAGCUUGUACUUAUUCAAUUAAUAUUUAAUUAAAAAUAAAUAAUUUAGAUAAACUAACCGAUAAGAAUAGAAACGUUGCGACAGUUUAAGUGUGAUGUAGACAAAAUAUCUACAUAUGACUAUUAUUUUUGUCUAUGGGUUAUUAAUUUAGAAACAGUUUAAACACUGCUAUUACUUAAUAAGUAAAUAAUAAUUGGGUAAUGAGUGACUUUGUACAUUACAAUUUUAAAAUCAAGGCGGAGUAACAGAGAUAUUCAUGCAAAUUCUUAUAGGUUAGAAAGUGUUUAUUUAUUUUUUUGUGGUAAAAUUACUGUGAUUAAAAAUGUUAGAUAGAGUGAAUAAAGAAUUAGUGCCUAUGAAGGCCCAUUUUUUCUUAUGGAACGCUGGUACGGGACCUGUAGUUUCAUACUUAUCCACAUAUGCAAAGCAGAUGGGAUUUUCUGGUACAACAGUCGGAAUCAUUUAUACAAUCCUCCCUAUAUGUGGAAUGGUAGCUAAGCCACUUGUUGGAGGAAUUGCUGACAAAUUCUUAUGGCAAAAGAAGAUAUUCCUUUUUUCGCAGUUACUCACAGCAGCAGCUUUUAUUGCAAUUUUAUACUCACCCACAAUAGAUAAUAAUAUGGAGUUUACGUGUGACUCAGGUGAACUAGCAGUGAAUACAGUAAAUGUUACUGCAAAUACCAAUUUGUUGGAUCAGUUAAGAGAGAAAGUGGAAUUUGUGGAGUGUCAAAUGAACUGCUUAUCACAUCCAACAUUUUUGAAGAAACUUUGUAAAGGCACAGACAAUAAAGAUCAUUGUGAUGCAACAAUAGCAGACGACAAAAUCAACAUCGACGUAGUUUUAGACUCUUCUUCGGGCUGGCUUGUGACUGAAAAUGUAUUUUUCAAAGUCGUUAAUGUAUCCGUCAACAAGGGCGACGUCUUCCAUCCUCUCUGUGCAAAUCUCACCAGCACUUCAUGUCAAAGUACUUGCAAUGAUGUAAAUUUAAAUAUGCUUGCCUCCAAUUCAUCAAAAAUAGAAAAUGCAGCCAGUUUAUAUCAAUUUUGGGUACUGUUAAUUUUGAUGAUUAUUGGUUGGGUUGGGCAAGCAGUUGUUGUCAGUGUUGGAGAUGCUAUUUGUUUUGGAAUGUUAGGUGACAAACCUCAUAGAUAUGGGUACCAGAGACUAUUUGGAGCUUUGGGUUGGGGCAUAAUGUCAACCAUAGCUGGAUUUAUAAUUGAUGCAAUGAGUGGUAAUAGCUCUGUGAAAGAUUACACUGGAGCCUUUUAUUUAGGUGUAGCUUUCCUAGUCUUGGACUUCAUUGUUUCAUCAAGACUACAGUACACUCAGAGUAACAAAUCAUCGAGCAUUCUGCGGGACGUGUUCCCUCUUUUGAAGGACGUUCGCAUCUGCGUGUUCCUUCUUUGGUGCAUCGCUAUCGGCAUGUGUACCGCCCUAGUUUGGAACUUCCUCUUCUGGCUAAUUGACGAAUUGGCCGAAAUUCAAGGCAUAACGGAAACGAAAACUAUCCAGGGGCUCACGAUGGCCAUACAAUGUUUAUGCGGCGAGCUCCCGUUCUUCUUCUUGUCUGGGUUUAUCCUAAAUAGGAUUGGACACGUGCACUCCAUGAGUUUAAUCCUUUUGGUCGUGGGGUGCAGGUUUAUUCUGUACUCAUUCAUUGAAAACCCCUGGUGGCUUUUACCAAUUGAGGUCAGCAACGGGUUGACUUUCGGACUGGCGUAUGCCUGUAUGGCGUCAUACGCCAGCAUUGUGGCGCCUGCAGGCACUGAAGCCACCAUGCAGGGAAUGGUGGGGGCGAUUUUUGAAGGUGUCGGAGUCUCGCUGGGCAGCCUUAUGGCCGGAAAUCUUUUCGACAAGUAUGGCAGGAACACUUUCCGUUUCUUUGGAAUAGGGGCUCUGAUCGCUUGUUUGGUUCAUGCCGGCGUACAAUUUCUCCUUUCGAGAAAAGGUAACGCGAAAGAUUCAGAUUUUGAUACCAAAUACAUGCAUCCGAACGAGAAGGCGACCGGACUGGAAGACGACCAAAAGGAACUGACCAUCGUCAACUGACACCUAAAUUUUGAGGCAUGACACAACUUCUAUAGUCAAUAAGUCGAAAACAGGGUAAAAUUUCCAAGACUUCGAUUUUAGUUCCGAUAAUAAUUGGAAAUAAGUCUUAUUUAUUUGUUCUACUUACCAUUGUUUCCGAUGCUCUACACUUGUCUCGAUACGAUUACAAUCUGAGUUAACAGGGAUUGAUUGAAAUCGUUCUCUCUAUUAUUAUGGUUAUUAAAAUUGAUAAUCAGUUAAAUUAUCUGAAUUGUCAUAGCUCUCAGCCUUUUUAGGCUAUAAAAAAUGUUGUAUACAAAAUAUAAAUUUUGUACUUCA